UUCCAUAUAAAAUAUGAUACAUACGUAUCAUUUUGAUUGUAUAACUUAUUGAAGAAAGUGUUGGUUACUACAAUGUUGGGACUAAAAGUAUUUGUUGUUGUUGGACUGGCGUAUGUGGCUAUAUUGACAACCGGAGAUGACCAGCCUGAUCGAUUUGCGUACCAUGCAACUUCUGGACAAGAUGGUCCGUAUGGAAAUGAAGAUGGAACGAAUGGAAGAAGAUUUGAGCGAAGCACAGACUAAUGUCAACGUGUUUAUAAAGAAACAAACUAAAAUACUAGAAAACAAAACAGCCGAACUCGAACUAUUAGAAGGAAGAGUCGAUCUACCACUAAUUGCUUUCAAUGCAUACAGUCCUGUGGAUACGAGCCCGGAUACUAACGAGAUCAUUAUAUGGCAAAGUACUUAUUUAAAUGAAGGAAACGGUUAUGACACGGUCAUCGGUAUCUUCAAGGCACCCGUUUCUGGUCUCUACUACUUUGCUGUACAUGUAUGUAACUACAGUGGCAACGUUUUCCAGUACGCCAUUGUACUUGAAAACACCAACAUUGCCACGUCGUACAAGUACGACAACAACAACUACGACUGCGGUUCUAUGAGUACUUUCACCAAGGUGGCGGCCGGACAAAGGGUAUGGGUGAGAUGUACUAGCGGAAGUACGAGCACUCUGUUGUGGGAAAGUAGCGGUAGAAGCUCAUUCAUUGGUGCUCUCAUUCAUACAUAAAAAAACAUUGAUUCAAAAAAUGCAUGCCUGUGUAAUGAAGAAACAUGUCUGAUUUUACUGGCAAAACAUAUUGCCUUUUAUUAUUUCUCAUAUUAAAGCGAAAUGUUGUUAGUUUAAGGUAAAAUAUCUUAGUAAAAGCAUAUACAAUGUAA